UAUUUGACACCUUUCACUUAAUUUUCUCAAUCUUCAUUCGUAUCGUUUUAUUUUCCAGCAACUUCUACUUCAUAUUGGCCAUGGCUGCUGCAACGGCAUCGACUAGGUUUCAUAUUCGUGGGAGCUUCCAACAUAAGGGCAACCUACAAAACUCGACUCCAAAACGGGUUAAAGCUUUUCAAUCGCCCACAGAAGCUCGACGUCCUCAGAACGUCUCCGGAGAGUUCUUUGUCGAUCAUACAUGCAUAGACUGUGAUACCUGUCGAUGGAUGGCUCCGGUAGAUCAGUCAACUACUGCCGUAGAGAUUAAGCUGGAGGGGAGUGGAACCAUGGAGCCUCGGUGACGAUGUCACACUUGUACAUACACCUGGACAUACAGAAGUGUGUAAAUUGUUCUUGUGCCUUAGUAGCUUAGUCGACAUAUAGUCCAUUGUUUAUCUUGUUACUUUAGGGAUAACUAUAACUGUGAUUUUAAUGUUUUAGCAGUUUCUGAUGGUCCCAAUUGCUAACCGACAUGCAAUUCACUUUCUAUCAUUGUAAUUUAAGGAUCAAUGUGAUGGUGAUUUCAAUAUUAUACUGUAACUUAAUGAUUAUUUCUAGUUAUCUUGCGAAA